AUCACAGUGCUUGGCCAGAAGAUCAAAUAUUUUUUUUCUUCUAGAACUCAUAUUUAAUUUGUUUACGUUGCGCAAACUGGAUCACUUUAUAGGCCCCAUACACCUGCGAACAAAUUGCGCAAACGGAUGUUGCACAAAAAGUGGUUGUACAAACAAGGUGAUCCACAUACUAUGCAAUUUACUAUGCAAUUUUAUGCAAACUUCAGUUGUGAGUUGUACUCAUGCACCUCAACAUGCCGUCUAAUGACGCAGCCUGUCUAGCUAUAAUAAUUGCUGCAGCCUGUGAUGUUGGCGUUAAUAAAAGAAAACGGAAGCAGAGAGUUUGGAUGAAAGAGUGGUUAAAGAAAAGAUCUCUUUUUAGUCACGCAAAUCUCCUUAAAGAACUUCAAGUGAGUUCACCUUUAGAUUAUAAAAAUUAUUUACGAAUGAAUUCCACUACUUUCGGCGAAUUAUUGGCUCUGGUAACACCAUAUAUACAAAAAAAAGACACAAUAUUGAGAGAGGCGAUAUCUCCCAAGCAGAGAUUGUUUGCUACUCUAAGAUAUCUUGCAUCUGGACUAACAUUUGAGGGUUUAAAAUUUGAAACUGCGAUUGCUGCUCAAACCCUUGGACAUAUUAUCAUCGAGACCUGUGAAGCAAUCAUAAAGGUUUUGAAGAAAUAUUUAAAGUGAAAAUGAAUGGAGAAAUGAGGCUGAAGCUUUUGCGAGGAAGUGGAAUUUUCCUCAUUGUCUUGGGGCGAUAGACGACAAACAUGUGAAAAUAUUUAAGCCACCUGGAACUGGUUCAUAUUACUUUAAUUACAAACAUUCGUUUAGCAUUGUUCUAAUGGGAAUCGUAAAUGCAAAUUAUGAAUUUUUGAUGGUUGAUGUGGGAGCAAAUGGACGAGUCUCUGAUGGAGGGGUUUUUUCCAAUACAGCAUUCUGUAAAAAACUUGUAGAAAAAGAUCUGUGCAUUCCUGAACCAGAAAAUUUAACAUCGACUAAUAUCAAAUUGCCCUAUGUUUUUGUAGGGGAUGAUGCUUUUCCACUUAUGGAAAAUUUGAUGAAACCAUUUAGCAAGAAAACCCUCAGCAACGAAGAAAUGAUUUAUAACUACAGGGUGUCACGUAGCCGCCGAAUCAUUGAAAAUGCGUUCGGGAUACUAGCUUCUCGCUUCAGAAUUCUGUUAAAUGAAAUUAACCUAUGUCCAGAAAAAGCUGUCAUCAUAGUACUGACAUGCUGCCACUUGCACAACUUCUUGCGACAUUACAAAGUAGAGUCGUAUUAUCAAGGUGGCAUAGAUGUUGAAAACAUAAAUAGUGGAGAGGUUGCAAAUGCUGAUUGGAGAGCAGACCCUACAUUAUUACAACUACAGGCACUCCGAGGAAGAAACACUACCACUGUAGCAAAACAAAUAAGAGCACAGUUUUGUAAUUAUUUUAAUACUGUUGGAGCUGUUCCAUGGCAGAACAAGAUAUUUCAGCAAUAAUUGUAAAUUAAUAAUGUUAACUAGUUUUUUACCGAUACUCCUAUGAAUACAGAAUUAAAAUAUAAAUUGUUUACUUACUGCGUCUUCAUUAUCAAUCUCAUAA